GAGGAGUGCCCCGAAGCUUCGGAUUGCCUCCGCAGCGGGGUCUUCUUCGAGAGGAAGGAGGGAGGGAAGGAGUGUCGCGGGAAUGAUGACGCAAAUGAGACGCGCUGCUCUGGUGUCCCCUGCUUCCGCUUCCGCCUCCCUGGUCCGGGGUCUCCUCCGUCUCCUCGUCCUCCAUGGCCGCCGCGAUGUUCCGGAGCCUGCUGGUGUCCGCGGGCGGGUCCCGCGAGGCGCCCACUGCCGCCACCGCCUCGCCCUCGCCCGCCCCGCCGCCUCCUCACCCGCCCGAGGCCGGCGCCGCGCUGGAGGCUCAGUUCAGCUGCCCCAUUUGCCUGGAGGUCUACCAGCGCCCCGUCCGCAUCGCCCCCUGCAGGCACACAUUCUGCGGGGAAUGUCUGCAGCCGUGCCUCCAAGUGCCAUCUCCCCUCUGCCCGCUCUGCCGCAUGCCCUUUGACCCCAAAAAGGUGGAGAAGGCCUCCAGCAUGGAGAAGCAGCUCUCCUCCUUCAAGGCUCCUUGCCGGGGCUGCAACAAAAAGGUGACCCUUGCAAAGAUGAGGUCCCACAUCACAUCCUGUGCUAAAGUUCAGGAACAGAUGGCCAACUGUCCAAAGUUUGUUCCCGUUGUUCCAACUUCCCAGCCCAUUCCCAGCAAUAUCCCCAAUCGGUCGACAUUUGUGUGCCCCUAUUGCGGAGCGAGGAACCUGGACCAGCAAGAGCUUGUGAAACAUUGCAUGGAAAACCACCGCAAUGACCCCAACAAAGUGGUAUGCCCAGUCUGUUCCGCCAUGCCUUGGGGUGACCCCAGCUAUAAGAGCGCCAACUUCCUCCAACAUCUCCUGCACAGGCACAAGUUUUCCUACGACACCUUUGUGGGAACUCUGGUGUUCUGGUCUGGAGGAUUCUAGGACUACAACAUAGAUGAAGAAGCCGCACUACAAGCUGCUCUGGCGCUCUCCCUCUCUGAGAACUGAGGGCAGCUGUCGGGUGGCAGAUGUGGACUAUUCUGGGCUCUUCCUGGCCUUUUUCCUCACAGUGGGGAGGCACACCACUUACCCUUCCUCUGCCGUCAUCUAGUGAGUAGGCAACCCAUGUCCUCGGCUUCCGUCCCGCUGCCUUGAGUGAGGUGGACUCUUCCUUCUUUUUCAGAGCAGAGAGGUGAGAGGAUUCGAUUGGGGGGGCAACCAUCUGGAUGGGGCAAUGCGGAGCACCCCCUGCCGCACCCACUUGGAACUGUCGGUCGAACCCACUUUGUACUUCUGGUUGGACAUUCCACACGUAACUUCAGCGCAGAGGGUAUAUUUUAUGAAGAUGCUUUUACUAAGAUUUUAGCGCCGUCAGCCCUCGUCCUGUUUGCGGUUUAUAUAGCAACAAUGCAUUUUGUGGGGAACUCUGUAGUUUAAACUUUUUUUUAAAGAUUGCCUGUGUUUUUGUUAACUUGUUUGGGUUUUUGUUUUUAAUUUGAAACAAAAACAAAGAAGCAUGGGACAUUGAAACUUUGUAGGAAUAUUUAUUGCCUCGUUGGACGCAAGUUGUUUCUGGCUCAGCCAUUGCAACUGUAAGGCAGCGAACGUUGUGAGUGCAUGGAAGUGCUCAAAGGCAUUUCAAAAGGAUCUGGAAUCCCUGACUCAGUCUAGGAAGUCAUUCCUAACCACAAGCAUUCAGCCAACUCUUUCUCUCCCAUUCCCCUUGACCCCCACCCCAAAUGACCUUGCUCAUUUUGUACCAGCUUUUGGGGUAACUGCAUUCAGCUUUCCCCAACCAGAUGCCCUCCAGCUGAUCUGUACCUCAUGAUUCCCAUCAUCAGCGCUGGCUGGAAGUUUUGGUCCUAAACAUCUGAAGGCACCAGGGUUGGGGAAGGCUGGUUUGCAAGUUCUCUCUGUGGGGUUUUUUUUCUACAUCUAUCAGUGUGACAAUACUGUUUUCACAUUUUAUAGAGAGAAAAACAAAACAGUUAACUCUUGAUAUUGCAAUCUGUGUUUGACUAGGAACAAUAGUAUUUUUAUGGAGCAUUAUUUUUUAAAGUAUAUUUUUUAAAGAAAAAAAGGUAUGUAUUCAAGAAUUUCAGGCUGGUGGAAAGGGGGACGACCUAGAACCUGGAGUGGAGAAGGGGCUUCCUUUCAUUAACUGUAGCAACAAGACUAUGGCUGUUGGCUUCUUUUUGUCAUAGUUUGGAGAUCUUCCCUCCUCCCUCUCACUAAAGAAAAAGAUAUUUGUUGAAACCACCUUUCAGGUUUAUUUUUCUCCAAGUAAUAACCAUUCCUUUUUAGAAGCUAGAGAGGGGGGGGGGCAUUUCAGGUUGUCUUAAGCUGUUACUCGCCACCACUGCUGUGAGGUACUGCAAGGUUUUAUCGUCCAGGUGUUACGCUCAUGGAUCCGUGGGUCCAAAGUCGACUUGAAAUAAAAAGCUGUGAAUAAGCUGCAA